AUGGAGCAUCUUACCUCGCUGUGUAUGGCAGCGAAAGAGUCGCUCUUCACCGUACCAGGGAUGGUAUGCGUGGGCGCCGCGUACCUCGCAGCGGUACAGCUUCUUCGAUUCGAGAGAAUCCGCAGCCUGGAGAAGCAGUAUGGGUACCAUACCCGUGAGACUAUGAGCAAGAUGACGGACGACGAGGCGUGGGCGAUUCAGCAAACAAUGAUGACGCUGGAGUUUCCGUUCUUCACGCUCAAGGGACUACAGUUUGCACUGUUCAAGACGUAUGGAAUCCCUACCAUCUCGACGCUGCUGGUGCAAACCUCCGAGCUCUCUAGCCCCAAGACGUCGCAAAAGCGGUAUAUGGACACUUCAGUCUUGAUCAACGAAUUCGUGGCGAACCCGCCCUCCUCUGAAAGGGCACAGGAAGCGCUCGCCCGCAUGAACUACCUACAUAGCCACUACCGUAAAUCAGGUAAAAUACUGGACGAUGACAUGCUAUAUACUCUUAGCCUGUUUGCACUUGAACCAACUCGCUGGGUAGACCAGUACGACUGGCGUAAGGUCACUGACCUGGAGAGAUGUGCUGCGGGGACAUUUUGGAAGAGCGUAGGUGACGCAAUGGAAAUCAAGUAUGACAAGCUGCCGUCAGCCAGCACGGGGUUCAGAGACGGAAUACACUGGCUGGAAGAGAUCGAUGCAUGGAGCAGGGAGUAUGAACACAAGUGCAUGGUUCCAGACAAGAAUAACCAUGAAACGGCCAACGAGACCGUGGAACUGCUACUUUACAAUGCGCCAAAGUUCUUACACCCCAUCCUGUGGAAGGGCGUCAUUUUCCUGAUGGAGGACCGUCUCCGGGUUGCAAUGAUAUAUGAACGCCCAGAGUGGGUAUAUCGGUGUAUUUUCGCGAAUAUCCUGGCUCUGCGCCAGUUCGUGGCCCGCCAUCUGCUGCUGCCCCGGCCCUACUAUCGCCGGGCGCUUCGUCAUGCUGAAGAUGGUGACGAUGGCUCCAGUCCACACAACGUCUUAGCCUGGGACAACGCGCCCUACUAUGUCAAGCCCACUCUCUGGAACCGUUGGGGGCCGGAGGCGAUGUAUACUCGGCUGCUGGGCAAACCAGUUCCUGGUGACGACGGUGACAAGUAUUCUCCGAACGGGUUCGUCACCCCGAGCGUGGGACCACAGCGGUUCUUGGGCAAGGGUGAGGAGUAUCACGGCCUGAUGAAGAAGAAGCUGCAGUCUGAACGGACAGGGCAGUGUCCUUUUAUGAGAUGA